CGCUAGCAUCACUGGUCUUAUAUAUGGGCGUGGCUAUUCUCGAAGACGGGUGGGAAAACAACACGUAUCUGCAUUAUCGUCACACGACGUCCACCGGUUUUUACAUCAUGAUGGCCGCCGCCUUGAGGGGAAGCUUUGUAUCAUUGGCCAAGGGCCUGACUGGUGCUGCCAUAAAGCCACUGUGCGUGCGCUCGCUGAGCCUCUCAACCAAUCAGAAUGCUUCAGAGACUCCACCAGCGCGGGCUGACAGCACCUUCAAGGUCACGAUGGUGCCAGGAGAUGGUGUCGGACCUGAACUCAUGAUGGCUGUCAAAGAAGUGUUCAAGGGUGCUGAUGUACCUGUGGAGUUUGAGGAAUUCCAUCUGAGUGAGGUACAGAACAUGGCAAGUGAGGAGAAGCUGGACCAGGUGCUGACCUCCAUGAAGAACAACAAAGUGGCCAUCAAAGGGAAGAUCCACACACCGAUGGAGUACAAAGGAGAGCUGGCUUCCUAUGAGAUGAGACUAAGGAGGAAGCUGGACCUGUUUGCUAACGUGGUUCAUGUGAACAGCCUGCCGGGUUACAGCACGCGCCACAACAACCUGGACCUGGUGAUCAUCCGCGAACAAACUGAGGGCGAAUACAGCUCACUGGAGCAUGAGAGUGUGACUGGAGUGGUUGAGUGUCUGAAGAUCAUCACAAGAGAGAAGUCACGCCGCAUUGCCAAGUUUGCCUUUGACUACGCCACCAAAAAGGGCCGGAACAAAGUUACAGCAGUGCACAAGGCCAACAUCAUGAAGUUGGGUGAUGGGCUCUUCCUGCAGAGCUGCGCUGAGGUGGCUGAGCUGUAUCCCAAGAUCAAAUACGAAAACAUCAUCAUUGAUAACUGCUGCAUGCAGCUGGUCCAGAACCCAUACCAGUUUGAUGUCCUGGUAAUGCCAAACCUCUAUGGUAACAUCAUUGAUAACCUGGCUGCAGGUUUAGUGGGUGGAGCUGGCGUGGUACCCGGAGAGAGCUACAGUGCUGAAUAUGCUGUGUUUGAGACGGGGGCAAGGCACCCUUUUGCUCAGGCUGUUGGGAGGAACAUUGCUAAUCCUACUGCUAUGCUUCUCAGUGCUGCUAACAUGCUGAGGCAUCUCAAUCUGGAAUAUCACUCUAACAUGGUGUCUGAAGCUGUUAAAAAAGUUAUCAAACAAGGCAAGGUGCGGACGCGAGACCUCGGCGGUUACAGCACUACGGGUGAUUUUGUCCGUGCCGUCGUGGCCAACCUUCGUCACCGGCCUGUGUACUAAGGACCCUAGCCCCUCCCAGUAGACCUCUUUUCACCCCUUCUGCCCUUACUGUUUCCAUUACUUGCACUGCUGCUGUCAGUAUUUGAAAGCAGGCUUUGCGUACAUGACUGUUUUUUCUGCUGCAAUGUUUAUUUUUGCUGGGCUUUUUUAAAUUUGCUUCUUGUCCAUUCAUUUCAUUUUCUUUUUAAAAUCUGUGCCAGAACAACCCAAUGUUCCCAGCCAAAUCCAGAACACUGGAGAAAGGCCUCUAGUUCUGUUUGUUCACUUUCUUCACCGUAAAAGUUCUCAUUUACACCAUUUCUUGUGAAAUGAGAUGUCUUAACCUGACUGCUCAAUGUUGAUUGAGUCACAUCAGGGCACUGUUUCUUUUCUCAUCUUAUACAGUCGUCCUAAGUGACGUACAAGAUACUGUCAUGUUUGUAUCUCUACUACUCAUUUGACCAAUGGCUGCUAGCGUUCAACAUUUCAUAAAACUUUGCCAGCUUGUUUCUGUGUGUCUGAGCAAAUUGCAGGUCACCUAAGUAGGUUAACAGUUCAGUGGAGCUCAUUUAAGAUAAGAUUGAUUUCUCGGCUCCAUUGCUCCACAUAUGCAACAAAAAGAAACGUUUUUUUUUUUAUGUAAAAUGAUUUUCAACAGUAUUGGAAUGGAUUCUGAAGCUAUAGUCAACAUUUCAUUAGGUUUUUGUUUUUUUAAGCUAGGUGAGAUGAGUAUAUUACCACAAAAAUCAGUAUUUAUGAUCAAACUGCUUGUUUUUCACAUAAACACUCCUGUAAAAAAAUAGUGUUGGCACCCAGGUGAAAAUAAAGACUAUUCUAUAAAA